UUGAUAGCACUGCUGUCAUUCGACGAUUUCCAGCUACAGUUGCUCAAAGUCUUCCUGUUGACAUUCGUAAGCAGCGUUGCAUUGAUCUUCGUUGCCUGGCACAUUUACGGAGAAAGAAUUACAGAGCAAUUCAUGAAGACAGGCGCUACGGAAGACUGUAAUUCGUCAACUGAAUAAUAUAUCGAACAUUUCGUUUAAAAUAUUGAACAGCUGUCUUAUAUACAACAAAUAUGGCUGAUAAAAUAAAGUCUUUUUUCCAAAAGAAGAAAUCAAAUGCCAAGUUUACAAAAGCAGGAAAGGGAUACAAAUUGACAGAUUGCACCAGUUCUGUAUAUACAUCAACAGAAUCUAAAGAACCAAUUAAGAGGGCAGAGCCUACAGAAGAAGCUAAAACAGCAGGUCAAGCUGCCUUAGCAAGAUUAGAAGCAAAGAAAAGUGACAAACCAAGAUUUAAUACAUCAUAUGCUGCAAUUCAAGCACGUGUUAAGCGUGAGCUGGAAUUGGAAAGAAAAGCGCAACAGAGUUUACAGGCAGAAGACACAGUGUUGAAAGAGAAGAAAGAUAAAAUUAUAGAUCCGUCUAUUUUCGCAGUCACCGAUGUGUUUUUCCGUUGUCCGUACUUAUCUGAUGAAGUGUUAUUGCGAGACGAGUGGAAAAAGAAAAUACGAGAGUUUUUGUACGAGCAGUUAAUGGGAGAAGAAGCAGGAUUAACAGCAUGUCUAAUUAUUCAAAGUUGCAAUUCUGGAAAAGAGAAAAUCGAGAGCUGCGUAGAAACACUUGGGAAAUAUUUGGACAAUAUUAUUAACAAUCCUGACGUAGAGAAGUAUUGGAAAAUUAGGAUGUGCAACAGAAUAUUCGAAGAAAAAGUUUUGCCUAUUGAAGGGGCAUUAGAUUUCUUAAAAGCAGCUGGUUUUGAACAGAAAAAAUUACUACAUAACGAAAAUGAAGAAGAUUUCUUAGUAUGGAGCCCUAACAAUUGUAACAUCGAUACCCUUACAAUGUUAAGUGAAGCAUUAAGAUCUGCUGAACCCAUUCCUAUCGAGUUGGACAGGAAUUUACAAGUAUUAAUGCCUAGUCAAGCUCGUGUGAGAAAUGAACUGCCGCCUAGCUUUUUCACGAUAACACCAGAAGAAAUAAAAAAAGAACAACAGUUGCGGACGGAAGCAGUAGAAAGAAACCAAAUGCUAAGAACAAAAGCUAUGAGAGAAAAGGAUGAGCAGCGUGUACUCAGAAGAUAUAAAUUCGCCGUACUUCGUAUUAAAUUUCCAGACGGAAUAAUAUUGCAAGGUACUUUCUCUGUGCACGAGAAGUUCCAGAAUGUAAUUGAAUUUAUUGCUGAAAAUUUAAUCGAUGAUAAAGUGCCCUUUUUAUUGGUAACACCGGAUGGGAUCAAACUAGUAGAAGAAUGUCAUGGAAAGACACUUUUAGAAUUGCGAUUAAUACCUACGGCUAUAUUGGAAUUCACCUGGAAUGUAACUGAUAAGCAAAGUAUGCCUAACAGAUAUUUGAAAGAAGAUGUACUUGCUUAUAUACAAGCAGUUUAAAAAAAAUAUUUUUUUGUAUAGGUAACAAUUUAAAAUAUCUUAUUAUUUUUAAAAAUAUUUUCUUGGCAUUUUUAACUAUUAUCAUGAUUUUUUUUGAUGUUAUUCUGGUUUUUUUGGAAAAAAAAACGUUAUUUAUUACUUAUGUAAAAAAACCUCAAUUAUGUAAAGAAAAGUAAUCAAUUUAUGUUGAUUAGAUUUUUAAUAUAAAUAAAUUUAUUAUUGAAGAGUAUAUACAUUUAUCUAUUGAAUCUAAUAUAUAAAUAAAUGUAAAGAAAAUCCAUUUUAUCAUGUAAAUUUACUAUAUGUUUUAACUUUAUUGAUAUAAUGUAUGUAAAUAAGCAUUAAUAAUACCUAUCUAAUCCUAUA